CAGAAUUCUGUGGACCAUGUGGCCUAUUGUUGUGCUGCAAGCAAAACAUAAUGACAUCUUUUUCUGUUAUAAAAUUUAACUUAUGCACAAUGCAAAGAUAUUUCAUUAUUCAACAAUACAAAAAUGUGGUUUUCUUGUUUGUUCGUACGGUUCAGAGACCAUUGUAUGCCAUCCGCAGCAAGAUGAUGAGCAUUUACUCCAUUAAUUUAUGAAGGUUGGGCUUGUACCACAGGACUUUGGAAGAGUAAGAGGCUUGAUUGUGAGGGGAUUUGUCAGAAUGCAUGUGGAAAGGAUGUUCCUUAUGGGACAAAAGUCUGCUAGGGAUACCCUUGAAUCGGCAUUGCAAUGAGGCAAUCCAGGAAGUGUGUCCUGUAAUCAGCGUUGCAGUGAAGCAGUAAGGAUGAGGGUCUUGCCAGUUCUUCUUUGAAAAAAUAAGUAACACUACAAAAAAUCUUUACAUUUAUUGGAUUUUUUUAAAAGAAAGCUACUGUUAGGUGUUAUUUGUAAAUUACUAGAAAUUACAAAAGUGUAUUUUAAGCAUCAGAAAUAGGUGAAGUCAGUACCAUAACAAUAAAGUAAUGUGAGUCAGCCAAAGUAGUGUCAGGGAAGGAAUGUAAACUGAAUGUAAAUUUAAAACUUAACACAAGGCAUGACAGGGAGCCUGUGUCCUACAAGUUUCAUCACCUGUGUUGGGUUCAUUUUUCAGAGACCCUCACAGACUUGAUGUAAGAGCAAGACACUGACCUGGUUACAAAAACGCAAUCCUUUAUUAUUAAGCAAGUACAAGCUGCGGAGGAUCACUGUACGCAACUCUGCACAGAGUGCUGAGUAUCAUGAGCAAUUUCUCCCUGAACAGGAGACAGUCCCCGCUUUUAUACCUACGAUAGUCCUUAAUGAGCCACCUACUACUCAAUGAAUGGGAAAACAUUAGGAAGCUUGGAGAAGCGAAGGGAUCUUCAGGUAAUUGCCCUCAAAUUAUUACAGGGGAUUAGGAGGAUAUUUAAGGCAAACUGGGCACUCCUCUUUAUCAGCCGAGGCAUAGAUUAUUAGAACAGGCAGGUUAUUUUUGGAGUUGCAAAAACUUUGGUUAGGCUACAGCUGGAGUACUUUGUGUACUUCUGCUCACUGCACUUUAGGAUGUGAUUGCACUAGUGAGGUGCAGAGUAGAUUCACCAGGAUGCUGCCUGGAUUGGAGCAUUUUUGGCUAUGAAGAGAUAGUAGGUAAACUAGAGUUGUUUUUAUUUCUGGCGUGGAUAGGGUGGGUAGAAAACUGUGUUCUUCUUAGUUGAAGGGUCAGUAACAAAGCAGUUACCACCUUAACACUUUUAAGGUGGAAGGCAGGAGGCUUAGAGGGGAUUUGAGGAGAAGGUUUUUCACCUAGACAGUGUUGGUGAUCUGGAAUGCAUUGUCUGGGUGGGGAACAGUUGAGGUAGGUAAUUUCACAUCAUUUCUAAUGCUCAUUCAAGUUUUUAUAAAAUGUCUUAAUGUUCAAGCUAUGGCUGUAGUGUAGGAAGUGAGACUAGUGUGGAUUUAACAUAGUUUUGGCAAUCCAGACUCAAUGGGCCAAAGGGCCUCUACUGUACUAAUGAUUUUAAUAGACAAGAUUGAUCUGCAAUGAGGAGGCCCAUUGUUUUAAAAUAAUGGGUCACCCCUUUUAAGACACAAAUGAGGAGAAUUUAUUUUGGAAGGUGUUGGAUCUAGAGACCCCACUGAUUUUUUUCGUAAGCAAGGGCAUGGAAGGUUAUGGGGUAGGCAGGAAUGUAUUGUAAUUAGAUCUGAUGUGAUCUAAUUGAAUAAUGGAUGGAGAUCGAGGGCCCAAGUAGUUUAAUCUUGCUUUUAACGCAUAUGUCUGUAUUGUUGUAUGUGGAGACCUAGAUGUCCGGAAAUCUCAACUGAUAAAAGAGCGACGUGCCAAGGCAGGGCCUAUUCCCUUGUGGAUUCCAGUCAGGUUUCUACCUUCCUCAUCUCGAUUCUACUCAUUGUCUAUGGAAGCUUCAGGUCUCUGAAUAUGGAUUUUGAAAACCAGGAUAAAGAUAAAGAUGUGAAUACUUCAUCUGGCACUUUCAAUGCAAACAAUGCAAACAAUAGUAUCCAGACCAUAGAUUCUACACAAGCUCUAUUCCUUCCUGUAGGGGCAUCAGUGUCUCUCCUAGUGAUGUUCUUCUUCUUCGAUUCCGUUCAAGUAGUCUUUACAAUAUGCACUGCAGUCCUUGCAACAAUAGCAUUUGCCUUUCUGCUGCUUCCGAUGUGCCAGUAUUUAACAAGACCCUGUUCACCUCAGAACAAAAUUUCAUUUGGCUGCUGUGGACGAUUCACUGCUGCUGAACUACUCUCAUUUUCCCUUUCAGUCAUGCUUGUGCUUAUCUGGGUAUUAACAGGGCACUGGCUACUGAUGGAUGCUCUGGCAAUGGGCCUCUGUGUGGCCAUGAUCGCUUUUGUACGAUUGCCAAGUCUUAAAGUUUCCUGCUUGCUGCUUUCUGGACUCCUCAUUUAUGAUGUCUUCUGGGUAUUCUUCUCUGCUUACAUCUUCAACAGCAAUGUGAUGGUGAAGGUGGCCACUCAGCCUGCUGACAAUCCUUUAGAUGUGCUAUCAAGAAAACUUCAUUUGGGACCUAAUGUUGGACGGGAUGUUCCUCGCCUGUCACUACCUGGAAAAUUGGUGUUUCCAAGUUCAACAGGCACCCACUUUUCAAUGCUAGGAAUUGGAGACAUCGUCAUGCCAGGACUUCUGUUAUGCUUUGUGCUUCGAUAUGACAACUAUAAGAAAGUUUCUAACAGCGAGGCUAUUCCACCCAAUAUACCUGGUCGUAUGCAAAAGGUGUCAUAUUUCCAUUGUACUUUGAUUGGUUACUUUGUAGGUCUUCUGACAGCCACUGUAGCAUCCAGAAUUCACCGGGCUGCUCAGCCUGCACUCUUGUAUCUCGUUCCAUUUACACUGCUACCGCUGCUCACCAUGGCUUAUUUAAAGGGUGAUUUACGGCGUAUGUGGUCAGAGCCAUUCCACUCCAAGGCAAACAGUUCUCGAUUUCUGGAAGUAUGAUAGGAUGGAGUGCAGCUAAGAGCAGGAUUGACAUAUGGUGGGCACCAGAAGAUUUGUCAUGUGGUUUCAUUCUUCUCAUCAAGCAAGAUCGGUGCUUAAAUUGUUAACAAAAAUGGUUGUGGAGGAACUUUCUUUUCCUUUUAUGGAAUGCAGACCUUGUACAAUUAAUCCAACCCAUUUGCAGUCUUUGGAUUAGCAACAGACACAUGCCCUACCAUGUAUAUUACAAAUGAAAAAGGAACAAGAAGUCCACCUUUUUAAUGACAAGAUGUCAAAACUAAUCUUGUACAUACAGCUGCCAUAUAGAAGACGCAACUUGAAGAAGCCUGUUCAAAGGGACCAGCACCAAGUCAACGACCGUUUGGUUUGUCUUGAACUUUAGCUUGAAGAAGAAGACAAGGCAGCGACAUACCUUGAAUUCUGUAAUUAUCUGUGCGGUGACUCAUAUUUCCUCCCCUCCCCCCACAGACACAAGUUGGGUGUGCAGUAAAAUCUAUGCUGUAAUUAACUUUACACCUGAUGUUUUGUUGCAAUGAUCCAGAAAAGUAAGGACGCCAAGAUGAAUCAUGUUGUGUACUUAAAUGGCCUGUUGUAAAUUUUAGCAUGUAUAGCAUUAAAUAUUGCUUCAGUAUAAGACCCACUGUUCCCUGUUCCAAGAUGGUCUUUUACCAUAAUCUGUGACUUUAAACACGUAAUUGUAGUUUGCACUUGUACCUGUGUUCAUGACCCCAGUUGAUCUUGCACAAUUAUGAUUGGUGUAGCAAAAAAGUUAACUUUUUAUGGUUUUCCCCAUUUCUUGGUUUGAUUAAUUUAGCUAAUGCAUGUAUCAUAGCAGUACUUGUUAUCUAAACCCUCUUGAUUGUAGUGGUGUAUCCUUGUAAAUAUUUCUUUUUUGUAUACAUUUGUUUAAAUGUGCAUUGUUAGCUCUACAUAUGUUGAUAAGUGUAAUCUUGUCCAAGUUUACAAGCAGUAUCUGUUUUGUACCUUGGGUUUGUAUUCAGUUCACAGAACUUUUUCUGGUAGACAUUGACUUUGACUGCUGUGGUAGCAGGAAUUUAAUAUACAACGGAACGUGAAUCAAACCGAAGGUUUGCGUGUCUCUAGAAUUCCCGUCAUCGUUGUAUGAACAAGAUGGCAACUGUAGUCUUCAAGCCCAGAGAUUUCCUAAUAGAGUGCAAGGCCUGGAACCAAAACGAAUUAAUACAAACAAUGCUUCAAGUUGUUCUUCCAUGCCCACUUCUUCCUGUCCCCAGCCCCCGACAUGUUCUCCUAAACAUACACCCAGAGUGUCAGAUUAUUAUUUUUUAAAGAUGGUAUUGUUUUCUUGAAAACAACUGAGUGUAAUGUUAUUGUGCCGUAGACUAGACAAGCUGAUGAAGCCAUUUUAUAGAUUCUGGCUUUGCUGAAAGCAGCCAGAUGGACUGAAUGAGUACUGUACAAUCCUUGUACAUCAGGUGUGUGUUUCUGGCCCUGGAAAUGAACAAUAUCUUUCAUCUCUACAUAACAUGCGCAGUCAAGAUUCCUUUGUAAAUAAAACCAAAAGUUUAAGUGCA